AUGACUCGGAGGCGGAGCAGGCCGAGCGGCGGCGCGGGUCGGCGCGAGCGGGUGCGAGCCGCGGGGCAACAGAAGCCCCAGGCUCCCGAACCCCCGCCGCCGCCGAGCCUGGAAGCCGGAGCGGGUGCAGGGCCCCCGGAGGCGCCCGCGGAGCCGGACCGCCACGGCCCCAGGGAGGAGGACGAGCCCAAGUUGGCUCCCGGACCACAGGUUCCCCCCACAUCCACCCAGUCUGUGCAGACUUGCUGCCUACUAUGUCAUCGGGAACGCAAAGGCUGGGAAGAAGGCCCUUCCCAAAAUGGACUGGUGUUGCAGGGUGAGAAGCUGCCCCCUGACUUCAUGCCAAAGCUCGUCAAGAAUCUCCUAGGCGAGAUGCCUCUAUGGGUCUGCCAGAGUUGCCGAAAGAGCAUGGAGGAAGAUGAAAGGCAGACAGGUCGAGAACAUGCAGUGGCGAUCUCCUUGUCACACACAUCCUGCAAAUCACAGUCUUGUGGGGGUGACUCUCAUUCCUCUUCGUCCUCCUCUUCAUCGUCCUCGUCCUCCUCCUCCUGCCAUGGGAACUCAGGGGACUGGGAUCCCAGCUCCUUCCUGUCAGCACAUAAGCUCUCGGGCCUCUGGAACUCUCCGCACUCCAGUGGGGCCGUGCCGGGUAGCUCACUCGGGAGUCCUCCUACCAUCCCUGGUGAGGUUUUCUCUCUCUCGGAGCACCACCGGCACUCAGACCUCACUGCUCCACCUAACAGCCCCACUGGCCACCACCCCCAGCCCGCGUCGCCGAUCCCAUCUCACCCCGGGUCCUUUGGCUCACCACCCCAUCCACACCUGCCACCUGCUACCCCGGCAGCGCCUUUCCCUGCCCAAGCUUCAGAAUGCCCUGUUGCCGCUGCUGCCGCCCCACACACCCCAGGGGCAUGUCAGACUCCCCACCUGCCCUCCACCAGCAUGCCGCUCCUGAAGAUGCCUCCACCAUUCUCAGGGUGCAGCCACCCCUGUAGUGGGCACUGCGGCGGGCACUGCAGCGGGCCUCUCCUCCCACCUCCCAGCUCUCAGCAGCUCCCUAGCACUCACAGAGACCCUGGGUGUAAAGGGCACAAGUUUACACACAGUGGCCUGGCCUGCCAGCUUCCCCAGCCCUGCGAGGCAGAUGAGGGCCUGGGUGAGGAAGAGGACAGCAGCUCAGAGCGCAGCUCCUGCACCUCAUCCUCCACUCACCAGAGAGAUGGAAAGUUCUGUGACUGCUGCUACUGUGAGUUCUUCGGCCACAAUGCGGAAAAGGAGAAGGCCCACUUGGCAGCAGAAGCUCUAAAGCAGGUGAAUCGUAGUGUUUCUGGAAGCCGGGAGCCAAGGCCUGCCAGGGAGAGGCUCUUGGAGUGGCCUGACCAGGAGCUGGAUCGAGUAAAUAGCUUCCUGAGCAGCCGUCUGCAAGAGAUCAAGAACACUGUCAAGGACUCUAUCCGUGCCAGCUUCAGUGUAUGUGAGCUCAACAUGGACAGCAAUGGAUUCUCUAAGGAGGGUGCUGCUGAGCCAGAGCCCCAGAGCCUAUCCCCCUCAAACCUCAAUGGUUCCUCAGAGCAACGGCCUGACAUUAAUCUUGACCUGUCCCCUUUGACUUUGGGCUCCUCUCAGAACCACACGUUACGAGUUCCAGGUGAGCCAGCCCCACCAUGGACAGAAAUGAGAGGCUCCCACCCACCAUGGACAGAGGUGAGGGGGCCCCCUCCUGGUAUCAUCCCUGAGAAUGGGCUAGUGAGGAGACUCAACGCCGUGCCCAACUUGUCCCGGGUGAUCUGGGUCAAGACACCCAAGCCAGGCAACCCUAGCCCUGAGGAGCCAGGCCCAAAGGAGGUUCCCAGUUGCAAGCAGGAGCUGCCCGAGCCUGUGGUCUCAGCUGGGAAGCCGCGGAAGGGCAAGAGACAGGGCAGUCAGGCCAAGAAGAUCGAGGCAAGCCCAGCCCCACGGUCCCCUGCCAGCCUCGAGGUUCCCAAUGCCAAGGGCCAGAUCCCCAGCACCAAGCAGCCAGGCAAGGCCACAGAGCCUCCCAAAGUGGGCAGCUGUGCUGAGGCUGGAGAAGGGAGCCGGGGGAGUCAGCCAGGACCAGGCUGGGCUGCCGGCCCCAAAGCUGACGAGAAGGGCAGCUCCUGGCGAAACUGGCCAGGUGAGGCCAAAGCACGGCCUCUGGAGCAGGAGUCUGUGCAGCCCCCAGGCCCAGCAAGGCCACAGAGCUUGCCACAGGGCAAGGGUCGCAGCCGCCGGAGCCGCAACAAGCAGGAGAAGACAGCCGCCUCCUUGGACGAUGUGUUCCUGCCCAAGGACAUGGAUGGGGUGGAGAUGGAUGAGACUGACCGGGAGGUGGAGUACUUCAAGAGGUUCUGUUUGGAUUCUGCAAAGCAAACUCGUCAGAAAGUUGCUGUGAACUGGACCAACUUCAGCCUCAAGAAAACCACUCCCAGCACAGUUCAGUGA